UUUGUGGUAGGAUUAAAUAGGAUUAGACAACUUCUUUAGAAUACAUUUCCCAUGGAAUAGAACUUAGAAUUAAGGAAGCGAUGCCAAUGCUAUGCCUCGUCAGAGGAAUAUCUUCUGGGUUUGGCUUUGUCUUCCUUCAAAUAUUAGCUUUAUAUAUUGAAGGGAACGUAAACUUCCAUGGCUACCUUCUUAGACAGAGCGUUUAAGUCUAUCAUAUCUGCCAUUGCGUACUGUUACUUUCAGUUUCGAGACGACCACAGAGAUAUCAAUUACAACAUGCCCAAGGGACGACCACUUUCUUUGCAGACCGUGGAGCUCAAAGUCCGGAUGUGUUGCAGUGGUUGUGAAAGAGUUGUCAAGAAUGCAAUUCACAAGCUUAGAGGUGUUGAUUCAGUGGAGGUUGAUCUAGAGAUGGAAAAGGUAACAGUGGUGGGAUACGUUGAUCGAAAUAAGGUGCUAAAGGCAGUGAGGAGGGCAGGAAAGAGAGCAGAGUUCUGGCCCUAUCCGAAUCCGCCGUUGUACUUCACGUCUGCGAAUCACUAUUUCAAAGACACCACCAACGAAUUCAAAGAAAGCUACAAUUACUACAAGCAUGGCUAUAAUGUUGGAGAAAGAUAUGGCAACAUCCCUGUCACUCACCGUGGAGAUGACAAGGUCAGCAACAUGUUCAAUGAUGACAAUGUUAAUGCCUGCUGCCUUAUGUAAUUAGCUACGCAUACACGUACGCACUAUGCGCCUUGCUGUGUCUUAUGUAAUCAAUUGUAUAUAUAUAUAAAUGCCAGCUGUUAUAUGUAAUUAACUAUGGUCUUAUGUAAUUAUAUUUCUGUACAUAUAAUGAAUAUAUUUUCUUAAAUGCA